AAAUGAUGGCUUCCAGAAUAGGAAUCCUCAUAGUUGCAUUCCUUUCCUAUGCAAUGCUGGCAUCCGGAUACUUCCUUCAUGUCUCAGGGCUUUCCGGGCUGGGCCUCGCCUUCAGUCAUCCUCCUACCGAUGAUCAUCAGGAUUUCGACGCUCUGGAGCAGCACAAUAUCAGGCACCCUCCUGAAGAUGAACGAGAUUUCAAAAUUCCGGAGCAUGAGAGGGACCAUGGUAUAGGAGACGAUUCUGCUGAUUCAUCGAAGCCUGCUGCCAACGAGCGACUGUUGCAGCAGGUUGAACCUGAAACCGGGCUUGUAGUGCCCGGUUUACCUGUGCAGGAUCCCAACUCCAAACCUGAGCAACAGGCGGAUUCCGAACAUGUGCAAGAACCCAAACCCACGAACGAACCUGUAGAAGAACCCGCAAAUAUGCCCAAGCAAGAACCCGAGAACAGGCCUGUGGAAGAGCCCACGAAUAUACCCAAGCAAGAGCUUGAGAAUCAGCCCGUGCAAGAGCCAGUAAACAAGCCCGUGGAAGGGCCCGGAAAAGGCGGGCUGAGAGAAAUGUUUUACGAGCAGAGUUGUCCUGAUGCUGAGAAGAUUGUGAAUGCGACCAUUCACAAACAUUUUCUAAAGGAUCCAACGUAUGCUGCUGGCUUUGUUCGCCUCUUUUUCCAUGACUGUUACGUCACGGGGUGCGAUGCUUCAAUCCUCCUCGAUACAACGCCUACGAGCGAGCAGGUGGAGAAGAAGGCAAAGCACAACGGGCCGCUCGUGCGUGGCUAUGAAGUCGUCGACGACAUAAAGGCCGAGCUCGAGAAGGCGUGCCCUGGGGUGGUCUCCUGUGCGGAUAUCCUCGCGUUCGCCACCCGCGACUCCCUCGUCUACUCGGGCGUGCCCUUCUACGGCGUCACAGCCGGGCGCCGCGACGCACGUGCGUCCCUCGCUACGAAUGUCGAGGGCAACCUUCCACUCCCGGAUGCCACGGCCGAGGACAACAUCCGCCUCUUCGAGAAGAAAGGGAUGAUGCUGGAGGAUCUAAUCCUUCUCGUCGGCGCACACUCCAUCGGGACCGCCCACUGCAGCAUCGUCGCUGGGAGGUUUCGCGACAAGGAGAAGGAGAAAAAUAUCGACAAAGGGUACUGGAUCAAGAUGCAGACGAUGACGGUCUGCCAGAGCGAGAUCCAGGAUGUGCCGUUCGAUCCCUUCUCACACCACAAGAUGGACUCCCGCUUCUACAAGGAGCUGCUGACCAACAGGGCGUUGAUCGAGUCGGAUCACAACCUGGCAAGGGAUCCAAGGGGGAACAGCAUGAUGAAGAAGUUCGUAGACGAUCAGGCCGGUUGGAUCGCAAAGUUCACCAACUCGAUGAAGAAGCUCGGGGAGACAGAGGUGCUCGUGGGAGAUCAAGGAGAGGUCAGGAAGCAGUGCAGGGCUGUUAACUAAAAAAAAGGAUUGGUUUUGCAUCUUUUUUUCGUAAGUAGGAUUCCAGAUUUCUCUCUCCCCUUAGUGUAAUGCAUUAAAAAUCCAUAAAAAUACUACAG